GCACUUAACACUCUUGCAUUUACUUUUCCCUCCAACUCUCUCUCUCUCUCCUCCUCCUCCUUUUUCGUUUUCUCUCUCUAGUUGCUUCUACAGUGGUUGAUCACGAAUUUGCAAGUCUCUGCAUCCAUGGCUAUGAUGACUCCUCCACCUUGUGAUGGUUAAAUUUGAUGAUGAACGGGUGACAAAAGAAGAUACAAAGAGGGUUUUGGAAGAACAGUAUGGGGGAGAGAAGGAGUGGCCGCAGACCAAUCCUGGUUUCAACAACUCUCCCUUCAAAUCUAUAAAAUACUUAAAUGCAUACUUGCUUGUAUGACGUGACAGUGACAAGGACAAAAUCAUUUGUCACUUUGAUGAGAAGGAUAUUGCAGAACAUUUCAGGAUGAGUUUGAUGAAGGAACAAGAAGAGAAGGAGGAACAGAGAAAGUACAGAGCACAAGCCUAUCUUCAUACUAUAAUAAAGGUUGCGCGAGAAGAGGAUCUUGUUGACCAGAUUGGAAAAGAUAUAUACUUUGAUCUUGUGGACCAUGAAAAAGUCCGAAGUUUUCGCAUUCAGAAGCAAAUGCCGUUUACUCUUUUCAAGGAGGAAGUUGCCAGAGAGUUCGGUGUACCUGUGCAAUGUCAGCGUUUCUGGUUAUGGGCAAUGAGGAAAAACCAUACUUACCGUCCAAAUCGGCCUCUAACACCCCAAGAGGAAGCUCAAUCAGUUGGACAGUUAAGGGAGAUGCCGAACAAGGCUCACAAUGCAAAAUUAAAGCUGUUCUUGGAAGUUGAGCUUGGGCUGGAUCAGGUUCCUGUUUCACCACCUGAAAAAUCUAAAGAAGAUAUCUUGCUAUUCUUCAAACUUUACAACCCUGAGAAAGGAGAACUGCGAUAUGUAGGUAGGCUCUUUGUGAAGAGUUACGGUAGACCAAUUGAAAUUUUGCCAAGAUUAAACAAGAUGGCAGGCUUCAAUCAAGAUGAAGAAUUAGAACUAUUUGAGGAGAUAAAGUUUGAGCCUUUUGUCAUGUGUGAGCAUCUUGACAAGCAGGCAUCAUUUCGAAUGAAUCAGAUUGAAGAUGGGGACAUCAUUUGCUUUCAAAAAGCUCAAAUAGACAAUGAAAAUGAAUUUCGUUACCCAAAUGUUCCUUCUUUCUUGCAGUAUGUGCACAACCGCCAGCACGCGAUGGAAGGGCAAAGUUUCACUUUAUGGAAAUACACAUGGAUGAUUACCAACUUCACUAGCUUGACUCAAAGGAAGUACUACUCCGAAGUGUUCACGCUCAGCAACAAUGCCUGGCGAAUACUCAUCUUCCCCAAGGGGAACAAUACAGAGCAUUUGUCGAUAUACUUGGACGUCGCUGAUUCUGAGAGGCUACCAUCCGGGUGGAGCAGAAACACCCAUUUCAAAUUGACUCUGAUUGAUCAGAACAUUUAUGGCAAUUCUAGGAUUAGGGAGACAGAACAUAAUUUCACUGCAAGAGAGAGUCUCGGGGGCUUCACAUCCUUCAUUCUAUUGAGCGAAGUCCGUGACAGCUGUAAUGGGUAUUUAGUGAACGACACUUUGAUGGUUGUAGCUGAGAUUUUGGCCCCCCAACUCCCAGCUGAAAAUACUUGGUUGGCUGAACCUCCUGCAAAUAUUCCUCAGGCGACACCAACAGAUACAUUCAAUGCAUAUUUCUCAAAUCUUGAGGAAAUUAUUAACGUUGCUGAGAGUUCUCCAGCUAGAGGAGGGUCGAAAGCGAGCAAUCAAAAAGGUGCUCUUUCUACUUCUGAGGCUCCCACCUUGGAAGAAGUACAGAAGGCUAAGCUGUCUUUGAAGGAGUGCCUUUCCGAUAUCUUCAAGCAAAAUAUAAAAGACAGAUUGGCUGAAGCAGUGUCGACGCUAAGCAUAGCCAAAAGCGGGUUAUCACGGCACCAGCAAAAGUCAGUCAAGGCCUUUUGGGCCAACUUUGACGAGUUCACGUCUGACUUUUUGACCUUCGAGCGGGACAAUGUCGAAUUCGAGUUGCAGAAGUUGCUGAAGGAUCAAAUGUGUGCGACAAUGAAGAAGAAUCAUGAGACUCAUAUCUUGUAUAAGCAGUUGUUGGGUGACCUGACGGAAGAGGAGGAAGAGCUCAACAUAAAACUUGAGGAAGUGAAGUCCAGAAGAGAAAAGCUCAUUUCGGACUGGGAGAUUUUGAUGGUCGAGUCGGAAGAAGCGAAGUCUGGGUACAAGGAUCAAGAGCAAAAAGUAGCGGAGGCCGAGGAGAAGAAGAAAAUAGCCGAGGAAAGAAUGUCUAGAUCAACCACUGCUUGGUCAAAUCUGAAGACGCAGUUUGGUUGAAACCUUUUGGCUUGGAUAAGAACCGGCUAUGAAGACACUGUCCAAAUGGAUUGCUCAUGUGAAUAGAACUGUCUGUGUGAAAUCUCUUGCUAUUUAGUGGUUUUUCUUUUUUGUUGGUCGGAACUGUUAAGUGGUUUGAGUGGUGAAAUCCUGUGCCAUUGAGAAACAGUCACCUUCUGAUGAUUUUUUGUAGGAGUCACCACAUCUGCUGUGCUUUUAUACGCUUCGAAUUUCCCAUCCUGUGGUUUUCUUUCGGUUAUUUCAUCAGAGGUUUGUAAGCCUAUUGAUGCUUCUGUGGUUUUCUCUCUGAAGUUGAGACCGACGAUCUUCUUUUAUCCAUGUACAUGUACUGCAGAAAGAUUUCGA